UUAUUGAAGCUGCAGCAAAGGUCUUUAUUACAACUAUCAGGUUAUCUAGAGAUAAUGCAGUACAUGAAACGAGCAGCCCGAGUAACGUACGAUAUUGAUCGACUUUUUAAGGCAUCAUUUGAUGAGAUAACGAAGUUCCCUAGCAACGAAGAAUUGGAYGAAAUGCAGAAGAAAUAUCGAUCAGAUAUCGAAGCGAAGAACGACUUUAAACUCACUGUUAAACACGAAMGAAAGAGAUCUAGAGUCAGUUCGUUCACAGUAGAGAUUGCAACUCCAGACCGGUCAGACCGGCUUGACCACGUCCAGGUUGUGGAAUGUGCAGUUGCUGCAAGCAAAGACCUCUCSAAACCUGUAUGUAUAGCAUGUAGUGUACGAGGAGAAACGAAGCUCUAUUUGCUUGACAUCGACAAGAAGGAGAGAAGUACACUGGAAGUCGAUAUCGAUUCUCGUGUGCUCUGUGCGGAUGUAGUUGGUGACGGUACCCUCUUAAUUGGUACCGUGUCCUGGUUUAUAUAUGCCUUUUGUCUAGACUCUUGUGAGGAGAUCUGGAGCAUUCAGCUUAGCGACUCUGUGAUUGACUUGUGUCAUUACUAUGACGAGACAGAUGACAAGGUGUACGCGGCUUUGGCUGAUGGUUCUAUCGCUGUCUUACCGAAUGCUAAUUCCGAUGGCCCGCCGUCUCAAGGAUCACAUGUUCGAAUUGGCUCCGCCCCGGUGAUGUGCGUCACGUUAGUCGAUGACAAAGUGUGGUGUGGCUGCAGUAAUAAUGUUGUUAUCUUGGAAACGAGUACUCUUGAAGAAGUCCACGCCAUGGUCGUAUCACCAUCUGGUCGUCACCAGGUUGCUCGGUUGAUUUCAGGAGAGCAUGGGGUCUGGUGCACAAUACGAGGGUCACUGUUUCACCCUUCCAAGAAUCACGUGUAACAACAGUGUUACCAUUCAAUGAUGAAUUGUGGGUAGGAUUGGGGAACGGUCAAGUAUUAAUCUUUGAUAUUCAAGUGGGAUCCAAGGAGGACAGUAAGGAGGAUAGUUCGGAUACAAUCAAGGAUCACUUAAAUGAGUCUUAUGAAUCAGCGCUAGAAUGCAUAAUUGAUGAUGAAAGUCACUCCGACAACGAGAAUGAAACAUCCACCGAAGGAAAAGACAGCUCGGAAAGGAUUGACUAUGAAAGACGAUUUUCUAUGAAGAUGAGAGUCCAGUACAGAGUCAGCGAAGAAGCGAUAAGAUCUCUCAUUGUCUUGAGGGAGGUAGAUGGGCCAAUAAUCUUUAGCUGUGCGGGUACAUUAAGUGCUGAAGGAGGUAUUUCUCUCUGGGAAAAAGAGACAACGGAAGGGGACUGCGAGGAGUGGAUGCCGUGUUCUGUACGUCAUGAAAUACGUCAUGAUAGUCGAGGAGAACGUAUGACGUCACCAACCAUGUCGGUCUCUCCUUCUUAGUUCACCAACAAUACAUUCAUUGUUAUCAAGUCCAGGUCCAGAGGAACACCAAAAACGGUGUACUCUCACAUGACUUUGUAAAAGUAUCUUUUGUUGACCCUUCCUGAGAAAAAUCUUAAAUUCCGAAACAAAUUCAAACUCUCUAUCCUUCGCUGUGGUUGCUGUGUUCAAAUGAUUCCAAAUUUUCAAAUAUUUUAAAUGAAAUAUUUCGAUGGAGAAAGUAUAGUAUUGUCUUAAAAAAUAUCAAUUAAUGUACACAUUUUCAUUAAUAUAUAAUMUAUUUUUGAUAUAUGUAUAAAGAUUACAAAAAUAUAGGUAAUAGAUAAUUAUAUAAUUCAUUUUGUA